ACCUGCACAGGCCCCGGGCUGCGUCUCCCACUGGCCCCUGCCUCCCCACAGCCCGGGGCUGGCAUCCCUGCUCUCAGUCCUGAAGCCUGGGCUGUGUCCUCCGUCUCCACGGGGCUGGUGAGGGGCCGGGCCGGACACUGGGACCCGCCCUCCCAUCACUGGGCACCAGCCCUUCCUCAUUUUGCUGCUGAUUCUAGCCCCAAACAAAACAGGUUGAGCCCUUUUCCUCCCUCCAGCAGUCUCUGGCUUACAGCUGCCUUCUGAGGCACUGCAGACGGCGCCGGCCUGGAAGGGGGGCCCUGGGCCAGCGCUGCCAGGACGGGGACGGUGCGCCUGCCUCCUGGCCCUCGUUCAGCCCUGUCUGUGGCAGGAGAGGGAGCUUUGCCGUGGCAGUCGGCUGAGGAAGAUGCCCCAGCUUCAGUUCAAAGAUGCCUUUUGGUGCAGGGACUUCACGGCCCACACGGGCUACGAGGUGCUGCUGCAGCGGCUGCUGGAUGGCAGGAAGACCUGCAAGGACGUGGAGGAGCUGCUGAGGCAGAGGGCCCAGGCAGAGGAACGGUAUGGGAAGGACCUGGUGCAGAUCGCCCGGAAGGCAGGCGGCCAGACAGAGAUCAACUCCCUGAGGGCCUCCUUUGACUCUCUGAAGCAGCAAAUGGAGAACGUGGGCAGCGCCCACAUCCAGCUGGCCCUGGCCCUGCGUGAGGAGUUGCGGAGCCUGGAGGAGUUUCGUGAGAGGCAGAAGGAGCAGAGGAGGAAGUAUGAGGCCAUCAUGGACCGUGUCCAGAAGAGCAAGCUGCUGCUCCACAAGAAGGCCAUGGAGUCCAAGAAGACAUAUGAGCAGAAGUGCCGAGAUGCAGACGACGCCGAGCAGGCCUUCGAGCGCAUUAGCACCAAUGGUCAACAGAAGCAGGUGGAGAAGAGCCAGAACAAAGCCAAGCAGUGCAAGGACUCAGCCAUGGAGGCAGAGCGCGUGUAUAGGCAGAACAUCGAGCAGCUGGAGAAGGUGCGGGGCGAGUGGGAGCAGGAGCACCGGACCACCUGUGAGGCCUUUCAGCUGCAAGAGUUUGACCGGCUGACCAUCCUCCGCAAUGCUCUGUGGGUGCACUGCAACCAGCUCUCUAUGCAGUGCGUCAAGGAUGAUGAGCUCUACGAAGAGGUGCGAGUGACGCUAGAAGGCUGCAGUGUGGAUGCCGACAUAGACAGCUUCAUCCAGGCCAAGAGCACGGGCACUGAGCCCCCAGCUCCGGUGCCCUACCAGAACUACUAUGAUCGGGAGGUUGCCCCGUUGUCCAGCAGCCCUGGUGUUCAGCCGUCCUGUGGCAUGAUAAAGAGGUUCUCUGGGCUGCUGCAUGGAAGUCCCAAAACAACAUCGUCAGCAGCUUCUGCAGCCUCCACAGAGACCCUGACUCCCACCUCUGAUCGGAAUGAGGGUGUCUAUGCUGCCAUCGCUGUGCAGGAGGCGCCAGGACCCCACACCCUGCCAGCCCAGGAUUACAGGGCGCUCUAUGACUACACAGCCCAGAAUUCCGACGAGCUGAACAUCUCUGCGGGGGACAUCCUGGAGGUCAUCCAGGAAGGGGAGGAUGGCUGGUGGACAGUGCAACGGAACGGGCAGCGUGGCUUUGUCCCUGGCUCCUACCUGGAGAAGCUUUAAGGAAGGGGCAGUAGCCCCCGCCUGGAUCUGUCCUGUCCACGGGGCCAGCAGUGCCCCCACCACUGCCCUGGCCUCGCAGGGGCCUCAAGACAGAGCCUACCCUCAGGAAAGGUACCGGCUGCUCCCGAGCAGUCCUUCCCACAGGGAAUAAAGGAGCGCUCUUUUUCCUCCUUG